UUCGGAUAUUUGUUACUAUCAGGCAGUCGCGGAUGUUAGUGUCGUUCGGUCUUCAGAUCUGUCAUGAUACCUAUAAUUUAUCUGACGUUGUUCUGUUCAGUUGUGACGUUCGUUCUAGGCGGUUCAAGCAACAGUUCGACUCCGUUUCUGCUCGGCGAAGAGGAUGGCCUGUUGACGGUACCCCAGCUGAUUAGGAAGUAUGGCUACGAAGUGGAAGAACACCUGGUCCGAACGGAAGAUGGAUAUCUACUGACGAUGUUUAGGAUUCCGGCCCGAAGACGAAAACGUAGAAAGCAUCCGGUUUUCAUGAUGCAUUCACUGUUUAGUAGUAGCGCCGAUUACGUAGCGAUCGGUCGAAAGCAUGGUCUAGCCUAUCUGCUAGCCGAUCGUGGUUAUGAUGUGUGGUUGGGAAAUGCUCGCGGUACUCGCUACUCGCGAAGUCAUGAACGAUACAGCGUCAGUUCGUUGCAGUUCUGGGACUUUAGCUUCCACGAGAUUGGCUUCUAUGAUAUUCCGGCGUUUGUGGAUUACGUCUUGGAACAUACGGGAACUCGCCGGCUUCACUAUGUCGGAUUUUCGCAGGGAGCAAUGACAAUUUUUAUAGCUUUAAGUGAUCGACCGGGAUUCAGUGAUAAGAUUGUCGAACUGCAGGCUCUGUCCCCCGCUGUCUACAUGUAUCGUAGUUUAAGUGUUUUCGUUAAAUUUUUGGUGUCGGUAAUACAACAUCUAGCGGAUGCGUUGAACUCUGUACAAAUGUACGAGUUCUUGCCCUACUUUGAGAAGCAGUACUUUUUCUACCAGUGGCUAUGUCCGGCACCGGCACAAACUUUCUGCCGGGCGUUGAUCUACGAUGUAGUCGGGGCCAAUCCGAGUCAGUUGGAUGUGAAAACGGUGAGGAUCUUUCUGGGACACUUUCCAGCGGGUGCUUCUGUGAAGCAGGUACAACACUAUGCGCAGAUCAUUCGGGACGGUAUCUUCCGGCAGUUCGAUUACGGUGUUGCGGGUACUAAUUUGCAACGGUAUGGAAGUGUGCAGGUUCCCAGGUAUAACUUGUCCCGGGCCACGGUUCCUGUGAGGACCUACUUCGGGUACAAUGAUCACGUGGUCAACUAUCUCAAUGUACUGCAGCUGGAGCAGGAACUGCCGAAUGUCGUGGGAAGCUUUCCGGUGUCGGAUAAACGGUUCAGCCAUGUUGAUUUCAUUCUAGCUAAUAGUGUAAAGGAAGUGCUUUAUGACGAAGUUAUUAAGAAUGUGGAAAAGGCGGAAGCUGUUUGAGGAAGAUUAAUA